AUGCUUCAUUUCAGUGACUGUCACGCCGCCGAGAAUAGUCCAUCCGACUUCGCCGCCCACUGUCGAGAUCCCGCAUCGCCGCGCCAUGUGUCAUGUGAUAUCGAUCCUACGUCAGCUCAGCCGCGAGUCAUGAACACUCCUCUCUCCUUUGUGGAUGGAAUCUCCAUCCGGGAAGACGAUGCGUCUACCCUAAAUUCGACCCCACGUUCGGAUAUCUUUUCCAACGACGAUCGUUCGACUUCGGCUUCAACCAAUAUGGCUUCCGACGUCGAUCGCCGGUUACAUGAUGUUGGCGUUGCAGCACUGGCUGCUGUGUCACAAUUCCCACAUGCCGUGAAUAAUGAAAGCGGUUCAUUCCUGGUCUCGGAGAUCGUCAAUGCCGUGACGAGCGCUGGCAGCCCGCCAGACUAUCGUCUUUUGGACCCAAGGGCUUCUCUGCUACCGGGGCGAGUAUUUUUCAACCAACGCGCUGAAUCGCAUACACCGGCUGGACCGGAGGUCGCCCUCGGUCACGGGUCACCCCCGGGUGGCGAUGAGAAUAUCGAGGCGACCGUCCAGAAUUUGAUUCACCGCACCGCAGGACGGCAGGACAUGGCCAUCGCGCCGGACACUUAUGUUGAAUCUCAGAAGGAAAUGGUCAUGGAUUAUGACCCUACGCCAAUAGACGACACUUCAUCGCCUUUCUCGGAAUCAGAUGAUGAGUUUGAAGAUUUUAUCCGAUUCUACCCGGACGAGGAGGAAUACCACAACUUGCGCAAGCAGUGCUUGAUGCAACCCGAUUUCCAAAUGGCGGACUAUGAUUUAGAUGAUUUCUACAAGACCAUCAAUUACGAGGACAUCGAUAUUGAUUUACCUCAGUCGCUGGGGGUUGCAGUUUCUGACCCUUUCGAGAAUCACAUCGGCGAACAACCCGAAGCAAUGCCACACCCAGCUUCAAUAAUACAUACGUCCACAUAUGAGCGCAACCUUACAGUCGAUGAAUUCAUCCAGCGCUGGAUGGUGCAGACAAACAUCAUUCCUCGAGGAUUCCAUUCCGAAAGUCGAAUCCCACCACAGCUUCGCCCUUUAUCGAAGAUGAUCAGCUGGGAGCCUCCACGAGAGAUUGUCCGCCCACAUGAUUGGAGACGCGAUUUUUAUGAUCUCCAGCAGAUUCCGUGGACAGAAACCCUCCGGGUGAAACGGUCUGAUGCAAGGGCAGUACGCGAUGGCUGGUAUACCUCAUAUCACAACCUGGACUACUCGCACCUUAGCAAUGCCAAACGCCUCCCACGAACUGAGUUCGCAUUCCGGGAAAAUUCCAUGCACACCUCCCACAAGGCAUCUAUUGAGCAUUUUCAGCUCCGCAAUUUGAUGUCAGCCCCUGCAUAUAACACCGUGAACUUCGCUUCCCGUUCGAAAGUGCUAUCAUGGACCCCCACUACCGGUGAUGCGCGCUGUCUCAUCGAUCUCAGCCAACCAGAUCCAGAGUCAGGUUUCCUCGGCCCGGUCAAGAUUUCUACCAUGAAGACAGCACAUGGCUUAACCAUCGCAGGCGGGUUCUGCGGUGAGUAUGCCUUACACAGCUCAGCAGGUGGUGCUGGCAUAAAGGGUCUCGUAACACCCGACUUCAACGAUGGCAUCACAAACCAUGUCGACGUAGUGCCCAGCCGCACCGGACCCUCGCCAAUCGGCGUCUUCGCCUCAAACGACAAACACCUCCGCAUUCUCGACACAGAAACAAACGUAUUCCUCUCCGAUCAGACUCUCUCCCAGCCUAUUAACUGCACCGCCACCUCUCCCGAUUCGCGUCUCCGCGUGGUCAUCGGAGACUCUCCAGACGCAUGGGUGAUCGAAUCCGACACGGGCCGUCCCGUCCAACCCCUCCGCGGCCACCGCGACUUCGGCUUCGCCUGUGCCUGGUCCCCAGACCUGCGCCACAUCGCAACCUCAAACCAAGACAAAACAGUCAUCAUCUGGGACGCCCGAACCUGGCGACCCCUGGAGACAAUCGACUCCGACGUCGCCGGAUACCGCUCAUUGCGCUUCUCGCCCGUUGGCGGUGGGCCCCGGACUUUACUGUGCACCGAACCCGCGGAUCGUAUAUCCAUCAUCGACGCCCAGCUAUUCCGCUCUCGCCAGGUGCAUGAUUUCUUCGGUGAAAUCGGUGGAGCAGAUUACUCGCCUUGCGGUGGCAAUAUUUGGGUCGCUAAUACCGAUCGUCAUUUCGGUGGUUUCAUGCAAUAUCAGCGUCGACAGUGGGGUCAGCGCGUUGGCUUGACGGACCUUCCUAACGAAUGGCUUUUGGAAGAUGAGUUGGAGGAUGACUCUAAGUGUCAGCUGAGUAGGAAGGAGCGUGGGCUACGCUUCCUAAAGAACUUAUCGGAGCAAGAGCAUGAUUCUUUGAUCCUAUAG